UUUCUGCAGCUGCCACUUGAAGACUCCACGCUUUCCCUCUAGAGGAAAGAAGCCAUCUAUCUAAAUCAGCUGUCCUCUCUACGUCUCUCGUUUCUCCCUCCGCCAGCCGCCACCCCCACCCCUUCCAUUGUGUUGUGCGUUUAGCUACGCUUCCUGCGUAAGACCCUAACCUCUUUUGUAGCAGCAGGCGUUACUGUGGGUUUCGGAACCUCGAGUUGCAAUGGAGCUGUACGGAAAGAUGGCCUCUUCCCAAGAUGCCAGGUAUGGCCAGAAAGACUCCUCUGAUCAGAACUUUGACUACAUGUUCAAAUUGCUCAUCAUUGGCAAUAGCAGUGUGGGGAAAACAUCUUUCCUGUUCCGUUAUGCAGAUGACUCCUUUACAUCUGCAUUCGUCAGCACAGUUGGGAUCGAUUUCAAAGUAAAAACUGUAUUCAAAAAUGAAAAGAGAAUCAAGCUUCAGAUUUGGGACACAGCAGGCCAGGAAAGAUACAGGACUAUCACCACAGCCUACUAUCGAGGGGCCAUGGGCUUUAUUUUGAUGUAUGACAUCACCAAUGAAGAAUCCUUCAAUGCGGUACAGGACUGGUCAACUCAAAUUAAAACAUACUCUUGGGAUAAUGCCCAGGUUAUCCUUGUUGGGAACAAAUGCGACAUGGAAGAUGAGCGGGUCAUCUCAACGGAGAGAGGCCAACAUUUAGGAGAACAGCUUGGGUUUGAAUUUUUUGAAACGAGUGCCAAGGAUAACAUUAAUGUCAAGCAGACAUUUGAGCGUCUCGUGGACAUCAUCUGCGACAAAAUGUCAGAGAGUUUGGAGACGGAUCCGGCCAUCACUGCCGCGAAGCAGAACACAAGACUCAAGGAGACCCCUCCUCCCCCGCAGCCCAACUGUGGCUGUUAGUGUCCCCACACAAAGGCAGCUCUUGGGGGGGGGGGGCACAUCGCCACCAACAAACAGCAUUUAUAAAUGGUCAAUUAACCUUCAUUUAUACUGCCUAAUAAUUAUUCGAGGGAAAUCUUUGAUGUCCGUGGCUCAUACAUGCAUUCAAUUCGUGGGAGAUUUCCUGUGUUAAUAUGUGGCAAAUAUGUGAUCUCAGAUUUGUAAGGACUAUCCAGCUAUAAACAUCUGGUAUUUGCAUGUAAUUUGUUACUUGUCUUCGUAGGCUCUUUUUGUUUCAGAUUUCUUAUCAAGAUUAAGCUACUGCUGGGACCUCAGACUGUAAUUUCACUACAACUGACUUGUGUGCCACGGGUUCAGAUUUGCAAUUUACUUGUCUGGAUGAUCACCAAGGAGGUGCGUGUGUGCGUGUGGGCAAGAGGAGAUCUCAGGAGACCGUCAUGGGUCUGGUCAGUUUACUGUUCAGGAAAUGUGUCUGUUUUUCAUUGUUAUUAGUCACAGAGACCAUUGACUAUAAAGAAAUUAAAAUACUGUGUUUGAAACCCUUGCAAGUUUUAUAAAACAUUAAAUCUAGCUCCAGUCUGACAAGUGUAAUUAUUGAAUAGGAACUAGCUUUAAACACUCCUCUUUAGUUAUUUAAAUAACUAAUCAAUGUUUCUAACCCAGGGUUACUGUUGCCACUACGUCUGCCCAAAUUUCUGAGUAGCUGAGGGCGCCAAGGGCCUGAGAGGCAUCUGGUUAAGGCAUGAUGUAACAGUUUUAACCCCGACAGGCAGGACACCUGCAGAGCUUAAAGGACGGCGUUCACCCCGAUUUCCCUAAUAACUGCCCCCCAUUACACACCAGUCACCAUCACCAAUGCUUGGGAUCAAGCUGAGGUCGAAGCUUGCUUCCCCCACCCGUGCCUUCUGAUCACACCUCAGCUACAUUCUUGUACCUAAUACCAAGAAUUCAAACGAUAUCCCAGUAGUUCAAAGAUCGACGAAAAGACGACAUUUAUCUCUUGUCUUUUUUCAAUCUAGUUCUUCAUAAUUCUAAAGCAUAUCCCCAUUCUUAGAGACUUUAAAGAUGCUUAGGUCCCUGAGAGAAUAGAGCUCCGAGUUAGAGAAAUACUUUAGGACACCUGAAACAAUUUAAAAACCCAAAUUUUCCUCUCAGAUUUCCUAAAGACCAUCGAGGAAUAACAGCAAACACAUCUCACCAGCUCUUCUCCCUGAGCAGCACAAGGAGAUCGGCAUCCUCAGCACAUCCAGCAUUGUUUACAGUUAAGAUGUUAGGAAGGCGUCAGCACAGACUGGCAGAUGUAGGACGGUUUCAUUUGGGAGAGUCGCUUUCCCCAUCUUUCGGUGGUGAUGUUGAAGAUGAUUUUUCCUCUAUUCAUGUACAGUUCCUGUAAAAGUAUUGGGUGCAAAUCUAUUGAGCAAGGAUCCCGCUAGGUAAAUUUGUCAUUGGACAAUAAAGGUCUACAAGCUAAGGAACUAGGUCAUAUACAUUAUUACUAAGUUAUAAAGUGCACAUUACAGAAUACCUGUGGGAUGUUUUAAGCUUAGCAGCGUCAUUUCUCACCUUGAACUUAAGAGCCACUAAUUGGUAAUAAAUGUCCACUUUGGCACCCUAGAAGGCAGGCCACAGCUUAAAGAGAAGAAUGUUUUAUAGGAUUUUUAAGAGGCCCACAAGCCUCAAAAAUUAUAGAAAUGACAGUGAAGGGAAAGCGAACUGGAGUGGCAAUCAAAGCCUCUUUGUUUGCAACAGAAGCCUAUUUGCACGGCCGUGCACUGUUUCUGUAACCUGGACUAGAGUGGGCCAUGUCCAAUGAGAGAGUUGUUCAGUUCACUUCUAGAAUCUACUAUGAAGCAAGAAGGCAAGGAAAACCUGCCUCUCUCGCAGCCCCUUCCCACAUACAGUUGUCUAGGACCUAAGGACGAAGUCUGCGUGGCUUUUACAAGCACCUUGCUCUAGGUAUUAUUUUAAAGGAGAGAGCAAAAUCCGGGUUAGCAAAGUGGAAGGUAAGGAGCCGAGUUUCACUCUUGUGUAAGCCCCUUCCCUAAGAAACGGAUUGCUAUUAAAAUUGGCCCUAAGACCAAAAGACCAAGUCAGGAGGCGACUUCACCGUGACAGACAUGACUAACAUGAACUACUUUCUGGCAGUCAGGGAAGCGUGAUGCCCAAGGGUCAUUGUCAAGGAGUUUUGGAUACUUUCUAUUUUCCAAACCUCCGUUGAGGGGGGGCUUUCCUAAUCCAUUCUCUGUCCUGAAACUCCCUCCCAGGUGUGGAUUUCAUUGAGAAGUUUCCAGAGGGAAUUGUCACAGAGCUCAAGUAAACGAACACCUAUAUUCCUGCUAUAAAGCCUUGGGAAGAAAGAAUAUUCUCUAGUCUCUGUUCCUAACUUCACCAAGAGACUUUGAUUUCAAAAUUAAGUUUUUUGCCAUAAAAGGUAAUGCUGGAAGAUUAAACUAUAUUACUUAAAAAUUUUUAACCCUAAUUGGAACCUUUUUUAGGCUUUCUGCCGCCACCAGGUGCGCGCGCACACCGUCAACCACCUACGUUCUCUCCAUCUCCCACAAAAGCUUAAGAACCAUAAACUGUUUUUCCCAAUGGCCUACAUUUGUAUUUAAAAGAUCAAGCUCCCUUAAAGAGUACACUUUGGUGUUGGUACAUGCCUUUCCAUUCUUCAUGCAAGUGCAAACCUGGCCUGGGAAAUUUUUCAUCUCAAUCGGUAUCCUCAGAGUGGAUGGGCAUUAAAGCUGGGGAGGAUGUGAAGGGAAAGACGGCAACUUAGAUGCGGCACCCCCUGUUUGGGGGCCGACGAACACCUGCAUUACGACCGUCCCUCCCCUCUCCAGCACAGCUUCUCCUGCCUUGGUGAACGUUGCUGCAGGUUCUUAGAACGCCUGCUGAGUCAGUCUCCCUUUGCUGCCUGGUAAAUACGUGCUAAGAUGAUUAUUUGUCAAGGGACCUGUGAUGCCUUCAGUUGUAGCAGAAAACUGCAGCAUCAAUAUGAUAAAUGUGAGGUCUCCAUUCUAUAACAUCAUAACCUAACUUCAACACGACACUCAAACACAUAGUGAGCAUGUGUAUUUCACCGACUUAACUCUGAUCCAGAUUCAUUAUAGUCCUUUGUUGAACCCACUGGUCAUUUUUCAGGGACCAAUUUAAACCUAUAAUUAAAACCAAGUCUAGCUGAAAAUAGACGUUCACAGAUUAAAUAUUUUUUAAGGUAAAAAAUUCCACCAUUAAAUCAGCUUCCGUAAAGCAACAGUAGUUUUGGAAUGUGGCAGGCUGCCAUCGGAGGCUCAUGACAGGCUUGGUCCACUGUGUAUCGUAGUGCCCAAUGUGUAUGUCCUAUGCCAUCCUCUGUUGACCGUGUGGCACUUGUCAGACUGUGUUUAAAAUGGAUCCAGACUCUACCAAGCCAUGUUAAGGCCGAGAUAGUAGCGGCACGUGAAAAACUGUGACUAACUCUUACCUUGCAGAUAAAACCCUUUGAGACCAAAAAGUGUUUGUGAAUAGUUUUCAUAGACUAUUGGAAUGCGCAAUCAGGUAUUUUUGGUGUCGCAUACUUAGGGGGUGGUCUUUCUGUAUGAAGAAACUUUUAUAAGUUGGAGAGAGAGAGAGUGUGCAUGACUGGUGACCGCAGCUCUUCGUUCCUGUGCGUGUAUACUUACUCAGACUGCUGCGUCGGGGGCAUGUGAGCCCCUGACCCAUGUGGCCUUUCUAAUGACUCCCUGGAAGAGCACCUCUGCGGCCGCCCCGCUUCGCCUCUUUGUGUACACCCCUUGUGUGCAGGUAGUGCGCCGGUAAAACGGACAAGGCUUCCCACUGAGCUGAACUGGUAGGGUCAGCUUUCUGGAUUGCUUUGCAUUUUAAGUGAUUUUUUUGGACCCAACUGACAUAAACCUGUUUUCUAUUCUGGAAUGAAUUAGGACAAAUAAGGUCAAAGAUGAAGUUUAUGACCGGGGGUGGGGGUGGGGGGAAGCCUCUUUCUUCCCAGGAUGCACUUAAAGGGCUCUAGAUUCUAGAAAUACAGUGUCUCCUAAGCCCCUAAGGGUGCAAAGACAGGCCUGGGAUGGGAUAUUUAUUUAAAAUAAUAUGUACCUGUUAUUAGUAUUUCAUAAAUAAAUGGAGCUUAUUGUCCUAAAAACCUUUACAGAAAGGUUGGACACUCCAGUCAACUAAUAAUUCCCUUUGGAGGAUUAAAAUACUUACACCCGCACCACUUCCGGCACACACCUACACAGAGAUACCGGUUUUUACAGGGAAAUGUUCACAUAUGGUGCUUUGUCAGUGCUGCGGAAAAGGGGGCCUCUCCUGCGUUCCGACUGUAGCUCACAUGUCGUUUAAAAAGGUCUACAAAAUAGAGUCUUUGCACUGAUCUGUGUUUCUGCACACAUUUUUCAGUCAAAAUAGGGAAAAAUACACUUUGCCAACAUCCUAGACAAAAAUAAUUUCAAAAGCACUGUCAGAGCAUCUAGCUGGCAGAGAAAUUCAACCUUCCAGUUGGGGUUCUCUUUUCCACUUCCUGGUUUUGUUUUGUUUUGUUUUUCACUUCAGUUUUUAAAGCACUAUCCUCUCACUGAAGGACAGGACCAAGGAUUGGAAGGGAGACUCAAAUCCCACCACUCACCUCCCGUCAGCACUAUUGUUGGUAGAGUUUCAACCAGUUAGUACUUGCUGAACUGAAGUUGGGGGUUUGCCUGUGUAAUUCAUUCACCUGUGUUCAUACUUUCCUUCCUGGUGGACAACUCAGAGUUGGCUGUGGCUUUUUUUUAAUGGCCAUGUUUCCAUAUUCAUGUUUGGGGCUAUGGACUGCUUAGGUUCAUGAAUGCUGUUCUUAAAGACACAGAUGGGACAUGAGCCACACAGGCACCUGGCCUUUCAGGGACGUGAGCAUGACUUACAUCUGUCUAGCGGUUACAUAUUCCUCAUCAAAGUGAAAUCUGGGGGUGGUUUGCUGUGUCAGUAGGAUGGUUUUCCAUGCAUUGUUUCAUCGUCCCUAGGAUGUGUGCUAAAUGAAAACUUCCUGUAAUUCCUGUUAAUAUAUUGUUGAUGUCAGACGUGAUGUGAUACCGUUGGACUGUCCAAAUGUACAACUAUUUAAUGGUGUUUGUGGAACUGAAAUGUCUUAAAUGUUGCAUGAAAUAUGUAAUAAAAAUAGAUUUGUUUUCUAUUUUUCAACACCUCAUAAUUGAGGGUUCAUGGGCCAAUAAGUGCAAUAUUUAAUGACUUACUCAGUGUAUAUAAACUAGCGUGAAAGAGUGAAUUAUAAUGACUGUGUGCGAUGCUUCGAUGGCUGUGUAACUUACUCCAAUUAUCUCUUGUAGCUGUAUUUGUCUAGUGGUGCAACUUACCCAGUAAAUACCUUAUUGGUGUCAUGUGAAACUCCUCUGUGCCUAUUUUAAAGUACUUUUUUUCCCCUAUAAAACCAAACAUGUAGUACCUGCAAAUAUAUAUCAAUUUUACGCUUUAGAUUUGGGGAUUUUAUUUUUAAGACAGAAUCGAUGUUUACUUUAUAUAGGCAUUCCGUUCUUACACUCAAAAUUCUCUCAAAAAGAGGCUAAUGUAGAUAUCUAAGAAAAAAACGUGCACAUAAGGUAAUAUUUAUUCUUCUCAGAAAGGUUGAUCACAUGUUCUACGUACUAAGACUUUUUCUCGCAUUUGUGUGUAUAUUUUGUUAUUGGAUUUUGUAUUUUGUUGGCAAAUUUAACACUGUCAACCCAGGAAUUAUAAAAUAUUGAGGGUUUUUUUAGGUUGUAUUUAAUGUGAUAUUCACCUUCAAUUCUCAAUUGUCCACAAUGUGAUAGAGGAGAAGCUAAAGUCAGAAUUCUUAAGUUGCUUUGGUAUUUCAACACAGAUUCGUAUAUUCAUCCUCAAACCCCCGUGAUUUACCUUACAACUGGAGGCCUAGAAUUUCAGUGAGAUGCAAAAAUUAAAACAAUAAAAUAAACCUGGUUGCUGGGUUAACAAAAACUAUUUACAUGAGGUUUCAAGUCACCAACUACCUUAAAUUCCUAUAUACCAAUUUAACUUCUAAGGCAAAACACUUAUUUUAAUAUUGUACUUUGCCUUUUCAUUUAGUUAGCAAAGUACAUGAUGAUACCCUUAGGAAGAAAACUUAUGAUUUGAUCACUGAAAGUGAUGAAAACCAGUUGUUUUAGAUCAUGUUGGCCAUCUGUACAUCAUACGAAGCCUUCAUUUCUUCUACAGCAGUUGCCUGAAAUUGACAUAUAAGGACGUACCAAGCAUCUCUAGUGGCUUUGGGUGCCACCAGUGAUGCGUGGCCCUAUCUUAAAUGUGAGAGUGUUAAAUGUGUACUCUGCUCUCAAACCAACUGAAGAAGUCAGGUGAAUGUAGAUGAAGCAGGGAGACUAGGGAUGACUUUGUGCCAAAUUAAAAAAAAAAAAUGAACAUAAGCAGGUAGCCAGCAUUAGAAUAAUAAUUUAAGAGCAUAUGUAAAUGUUUCAUUAGUCAUCACAGCUUUGAAUGCUAUGUGCUUAGUGCUAGGGAAUCAAACAGUGAAGAGGUAUGGUUCCUACCCCUACAUACUGACUGAAGAACAAGGAAAAAAAAUACCAGGCUAUUAGAUAAGUACUACAUUAUGGCAGGUUAGAGGAGUACAGAGAACGGGAGACCUCUAAGAAGUGGAAGACUCAAGAGUUUCUUGUGAUCCCUGCAAGAAUGAGAGGAUGAGGUUUUGCCAGACGGGAAGUGGGAAAGGUCACAUUAUGUCCCCUAUGAAUGUAAAUGUGCAGAAGGGGCAGCUACCUUGCUUUUCUAAAGAGAACCCAACUGGCACGUGUCAAACCCAACAGAUGGCCCUAUUCGGCACUCUGGAUUUUGUCCCCGAGAGGAAGACCAGCUGCAGCAUGGACAUAUUCCUCUGUGCUGAGCAGCCCCUGAUCCGCCACAUUAGAACAGUUCAUUUAGACAUCUUGCCCAUCCAUCAAACCACAAAACGUUGUGGAAUCCAAUGUCACCAAGACAGAUGUGUGCCCAGGGAUUUUCCUGUCGUUCCACGUUUCCCUUUAAGCAAUUUGGGAAACGCACAGUUAAAGACCUUUUUUGUAACCGGGCACUUUCUGGCUCCUCAGUGACUGUUCUGUGGAGCUCUUCUGCAGACAAUAUUCAGUAACGGCUUAGUGCUUUCAUAUAGUGAUCGUGACAUUUAGUUGAACACUAACUGCUGCGCAGCAAAUAUCGUGACUAUGGGUCCACAGGAGCUCAUCUGGGUUUAAAGCUACAAAGUAUUCACGUUGUGAAGUUUUAAUUCUCUCUAUUGAAACUGUGUAAAAACUGUAUGUGCUCUAUUAGGUAUUAAGUUUGUAUGUGAAUUCUGUAUAGAAAGUGGUUUUUGUUCUUUGGGUUCAUCUUGUCUUAUUUUUUGGAGAUUACAAUAAAUAUCUAAGAGACUAUAUUCCUGAA